GGGAAGUCGGAAGUGGAAAUCAGCUGGAAUUAACGGACGUUAUCAACACGACUAUAUUUCUCUUUUUGGCUAGCUGCACGUCUGUCAACGCGUGUUUCUCCCUCCCAUCGUUUUGGUGUUUCUAAAGCGCCGCGUCGGCGAUGUCGGAGUCUUACGAUUUCCUGUUUAAAUUCCUGGUGAUUGGGAAUGCUGGGACAGGCAAAUCUUGUUUGCUGCACCAGUUCAUAGAGAAGAGAUUUAAGGAUGAAUCCAACCACACGAUUGGAGUGGAGUUUGGCUCCAAGAUUAUCAGCGUGGUGAACAAAACGGUCAAACUGCAAAUCUGGGACACUGCAGGACAAGAACGCUUCAGGUCUGUGACCAGGAGUUACUACAGAGGGGCAGCAGGGGCCCUGCUUGUCUAUGACAUCACCAGUCGAGAAACAUACAACGCUCUGACCACGUGGCUGAGCGAUGCCAGGAUGCUGGCUAGUCAAAACAUCGUCAUUAUCCUCUGCGGGAACAAGAAGGACCUGGAUGCGGACAGAGAGGUCACGUUCCUGGAGGCGUCACGGUUUGCUCAGGAAAACGAGCUGAUGUUCCUGGAGACGAGCGCGCUCACAGGGGAGAACGUUGAAGAGGCCUUUGUCCAGUGCGCUCGGAAAAUCCUGAACAAGAUUGAAUCUGGGGAAUUGGACCCAGAGAGGAUGGGCUCAGGUAUCCAGUAUGGCGACGCUGCGUUACGACAGCUUCGUUCUCCUCGCCGUGCUCAACCGCAGGGCACCCAGGAGUGUGGCUGCUAGUGGACCUCGUGCACAAUGAAGGUUUGUGAAGACCGGAAGACAAACAGCCAUGGAGGACCUAACAGUGUUUGGUUCAGGUUGCUGUGCUGGUGACCCCUCCCUGACCUUUGCACGGACCCUUCAGAGUUUCCAUUUCUGCAUGUGCAGAGAGCUGAGAAGACCUCCCGACCCCCACCUCCUCGUCAGAUCUCCACGGUAACCACAAAAUCCUCCAAAGGUCUUCUACUUUAUUGGACCAAACUGUCCCCGUCCAUCCACCCAGGGUGUUUAACGCUGGCGUGUACGUGUGGAGUUGUCUCACUCUGGUUAUUGUUCCAGUCUGUGUUACUCGCAGGAAUAAUCCACGUCUGAGUCUUUGGUUUUAAAUUCAACAAGACUAAACAGAACAUUAGGUCACUUUUAAAGGUAGAUUUUAGAGAUUUGGACUGAGCCAUAAAAAAAAAAAAAGUUGCCUAUUUUAGGUUUAAAGUUAAAAGACGUCCUGCCCCCAGCCUAACUGAAUGCACAACGGCUACGGGAAUGAACUUCUCCUCCAGCUCUUGGCAUGCAAGCAAAUUUCCCAAAUUCUUGAACUUUUACUGAUGAUACUCACCUUUCCCUUUGAGUUUUUAUCUUUGUCCAUUCACCUGCUGUCAAAACUCUGUUACCUCUCUUUUCUAAUUUAAACACCACCAGUGUAACACUUCA